AUGAUUUUUCUCCUGAUAAUUAUAAUAAUUUCAAGCAACCAAUAUGUGGUUUCAGGUGGGUUCACAGACUUUAUAAAGAAAUCCCGUUUUUCUACAGAACCCCCAAUCCUUGACGUGCAGACAAAUUUGACAAAUACAAUUUUCGUCCAGAAUUCCUAUGACAAAGAGGUCUCACCGUGUCCACUGAUUUUUCCUUCAAAAAAUAACCGCUCAAUUUUCAACGCCACCGAAAUCUGGAAAUACCAAUUGUUUUUGUCGGACAUCAAAUUGCUGGAAGUUGACGAGCCGAAAGAGCAAAUGACGGUGAUAAUGGAAGUUGUGCAGGUCUGGCGCGAUGCCAGAUUGACGUGGAAAUGGGAGGAUUGGGAGAAUAUUAUAAUGAUUUAUACGCGGCUCGACAAAAUUUGGUCUCCGCCGUUUAUUGUGUUUGGCGCGUGAGUUUUUGUUUAGUGGAAAAAGUUAGGUUUGAAUUUUCUCAAAAAUAUGAAUGAAACUUUAUUCUCAAGAAGAAUUCAUCAAGAUUUUAUUCACAUUGAGCCUCGGCGGGAAAACAAACCCCUCUACAACAAUAUCUUGGAGAAGCACAAAUUUUUUCUGUACAAUACGAAGCGGUCAUUGAGAAGAUGGUGAAGAGGAGAACAAUCAAGAAUUUCAUGAUUAGCGAUUGAUUUUUCGGAUGUAUUCAAUAAACACUUUUAUACAGAAAUCAUUUGAUUCGAUUAUUUGCGUUCGCAAAGUUUUCUAUUCUAUUUUGCAGCUCAAAAUCGAAUCAAUGAUUGAUCAGGAACUUUUUGCAAUUUUUGCACAUAAACAAAAAUAAUCUUGGGGUUUUCGAUUGUUCUCUUCUGAAUUCAGUUUUCAAUUUUUUCCGAAAACUAGUUCGACCAGCGCCAAACUUUCAACGCGUGAAGAGCAUGAGUAGAAGGGUUUUUCUCUGGAAGCUUCUCAAACAUUAGUUUAAAAUUUGAAAGUUUCGAAAAAACAGUGAAGCACCGUAUAAAAUGGAUUGUCCUCAGGGGAAAUCGUCCCACCGGUGGGAAUCCGGUGGGAAAAAUGAGCAAAAACACCGGUGGAACCCCAGAAUCGGGGUGAGGGGCCUAACUUUUUUCAAAAAUUUGAAGGUAAGGGUGCCUAACUUGGCCAAUUUUCAAUUGAUAAUUUACCAAAAUUCCCAGAUUUGUCCAAAAUUCGCUCAAAAUGUGAGGAAGGUGUUUAAAUUUGAAAAAUUUUCAAGGUUGGACCCUAACUUUGAAAACUGACUCGGGGGACCUAUUUUUCGUAUGGGUGUUGAGUGAGUGGAGAUUUAGUGUUACACCGGUGGGACGAUUUGCCUUAGUCCGUUACAUAGUUUGGAGCUGUGCGUUCCACGGCGCGUUUUCCUUUACGCGAGCAGCCGUCGAGAAAAAAAUGGAAAAAGAAUCAGAAAAAAGGUCAGAGAACGAGAGGAAACAAGUGAAAAGAUGAUGGCGCAAUGAGAAAAUUGUGUGCGAUGGAGCGCGCUUUCUCUCCUCUUCUAAAAAUUUCUCGACGGUCUUUUUGUUCAGGCGACGUAAAGAAAAGCGCACCGUGGUUCUCGGCCAAUUCCGGUUUUUAUGAAAAUUUGUCAAUGGCUUUUUUUAACCAGGAGCAUACCACGGGUGCACGGCGCCAAUAAAAAUAAAAAUUUACGAAAAUUCAUCUCGCUAAUUUGAGAUUUUCUUGAAAAACAGCAAAUUUUUGCUUGUUUUUCCGUUAAAAGUGGUCUUUUUCAGUCGAAAAGGUUGUUUUCACCUCGCCAAAAAAUUUCAAAACCCACACCGUCAAUUUUCAAAGUUAAUUUGCGCGAAGCUGGGUGUGGUAUGACCAGGAGACAAAAACUUUUGAAUUGAAACUGAUUAUAUCAGACUCCACCUUUACCAAUGUAUAUACUUACAGCAGCGAAGUCAUGGAACAUCGCGAUCAAGCAAAUCGAAUGGUUCAAAUCGUCCACAAUGGUAUGAUCGAUUCACAUAUUCCAUUAAAACUGACAACAAAUUGUAAACUAGACAUGACUGAUUUUCCAUUCGACAUUCAAACAUGUUCAAUUCAAAUCGGUCUUCCAUCAUUCAAUUCCAAGUUAUUCGAGAUAUCCGUAGAUGUUCCUCGAGAUAUUGCACAAUCGACAAAUUUAGGCAAUUCAGUGUGGCGUGUGGUAAAACUGACAUGGGAGAGUCAAGAAAUUAAGCCAGAGGAUAAUAAGACGGAUGUUAUAAAGAUGGCAGUCAUUAAAUUGCACCUCAAGCGAAACCCGAUUUAUUAUAUGUAUAUGAUUGUUCUCCCAACUUUUGUGAUCAAUUCAAUUUCGAUGGCUGGGGUUUUUAUGAAAAAUGGUGAGAAGAUUCAAAUUGGGCUAACUCAUAUAAUGACUCUAACUUUUAUCCUUGGAAUACUUGCUGAUAAAUUACCCAAGACCGAAGUCAUCCCAUUUUUGGGCAAAUAUAUUAUCUUCGGUUUGUGCACCAUGAUUUUCGCCAUUAUUUUGUCGAGCCAAAUCGAUAAGUUAUUGCAUGUGGUGAAGAAUGGGAAAAAUGUUAGAAGAACUCCCUAUCGUUGCAUUUUUAUAAUCUGGUUUCAAUUCAUUAAUUUGCUUGGCGGUGUUUAUGUUUUGUUGAGAUUGGUGGAUUUUGAACAACGCUCAGGAUAUGAUUGA